AUGCAGUCCCAGGCCCUGAUUUUUGCCGAAAAUGACGUGAGGCAAAGAGGAUUUCGUCGCAAGAGAGAGUUUACCCCUGAAGAGCAGAAAGACAAUAUCUACUGGGAGAAGCGACGCAAGAAUAAUGAAGCAGCCAAGAAGUCCAGGGAGAAAAGAAGAAGGAACGACUAUGUGCUUGAAAGCUACGUGAUGGCUUUGCAAGAGGACAAUGCAAGGCUCAAAGCCGAGCUGAUGGCUAUGAAGAUCCACUUUGGUCUGGCCCAUUCUGCCGCCUACACUGCCUUCCAGCUCGCCUAUGAACAUGAUCAGGCUCGUAACAGCCCUCACUUUCUGACCCCCCGUUUCGCCCUGGACACCUGGAGAAGUCAAGAAUCCCCCUCAUGGCUCUGCUCGCAAGCCUUUCACCCAGUUCUGAGGCCAAUCCCGCAGACAAGGAGCCAGCACGAAGGGCGUCUGGCUCCCACUCGCUCUUAUCUCGGGAUGGUCAAGCAGAAUCAUCUUCGCCGCGAUCCUGGGAGAGAGGUUUGGGAAGAAGCUGAGCAACACGUGCCUGGAGUUUGA